AUGCCGACACUGAAUGAACAGCUUCACAAACUGUGUAAAGCAAAAUGCUUCACAAUGCUUGAUGUCCGGGAUGGGUUUUUACAUGUACCACUGGAUGAAGAGUCCUCGCACAUUACCACAAUGCAUACCACCUAUGGAAGAUAUAGAUGGUUACGUUUACCAUUCGGCAUAACCAGUGCCCCUGAGGAGUUUCAGAAGAGGCUGAUAAUUGCCCUUGAAGGGUUAGAAGGAGUUAUCUGCAUAGCCGAUGACAUUCUUGUUUUUGGUGAAGGAGAUGACUAUAAGCAGGCUGAGAAAGAUCAUGAUCGCCGCUUAAUUGCACUGAUGGAACGAUGCAUCCAGCAAAUAUCAAGCUCAACGCAGGAAAAUUGCAGUUCAAGCUGA